AGCAACUUCUGAUCUUAUUAUAUUCCAAUUCAUGCUAUCAUAUAAUUAUUGAAAGAAAGAGAUCAUUAGAGAAAUGUUUUUAAAAUCACUUCUUCUCGUGGGCUUCUCUUUACUUGUGGCUUUCGUUGUUAAUGUUCCGACGGUGGAAGCAAGGAUUCGCCAUUACAAAUGGGAGGCGAAGUACGAGUACAGGUCUCCUGAUUGCUUUAAGAAACUUGUCAUCACCGUUAAUGGAAGAAGUCCGGGCCCCACAAUAUUGGCACAAAAGGGCGACACAAUCGUCGUUGAGCUCAAGAACAGUUUGGACACCGAAAAUGUUGCAAUUCACUGGCACGGGAUAAGACAGAUUGAUACACCUUGGUUUGAUGGAACAGAGGGGGUAACUCAAUGCCCAAUAUUGCCUGGAGAAACCUUCAAAUAUCAGUUCAUCGUUGAUAGGCCCGGGACAUAUCUAUACCAUGCCCAUUAUGGGAUGCAAAGAGAAGCAGGUCUGUAUGGUUCUAUUCGAGUGGCACUUCCUGAUGGAGAGUCGGAGCCAUUCGCUUAUGACUAUGAUAGAAGCAUAAUCCUCAAUGAUUGGUACCACAGCACAGCUUAUGAACAAGCCUCUGGCUUGUCCUCCUCAAACUUUUCUUGGGUUGGUGAGCCUCAGUCACUGCUGAUACAAGGAAGAGGGAAAUUCAACUGCUCUAGUUUGACUUUUGCAAGCUCAGACUCUAAUGGUGUCUGUAUUCCAUCAAAUCCAGAGUGCUCUCCAUACGUGUUGACUGUAAUCCCAGGAAAGACAUAUCGAUUAAGAGUCGCCAGCUUAACUGGUCUAUCUGCCCUUAGCUUCCAAGUAGAGGGUCAUAACAUGACAGUGGUAGAAGCAGAUGGACACUACGUGGAGCCAUUUGUGGUAAAAAGCCUUUUCAUUUACUCCGGCGAGACAUACUCAGUCCUAAUAAAAGCCGAUCAAAACCCUUCAAGAAACUACUGGAUCCAAACAAACGUAGUAAGCCGGAAGCCAAAAACGACACCCGGCUUAGCCAUCUUCAACUACUACCCGAACCAUCCCCGGAGGUCCCCUCCGACGUCCCCGCCGGUGGGGCCCCUUUGGGACGACGUCGCUCCCCGGCUGGCCCAAAGCCUCUCCAUCAAGGCCCGCCAAGGCCACGGCCGAGCCCCUCCUGCGACCUCCGACCGUGUCAUCGUCCUCUUGAACACGCAAAACGAGGUCAACGGGUACCGGCGGUGGUCGGUAAACAACGUGUCGUUUGAUCACCCUCACACGCCUUACCUCAUUGCCCUCAAGCAUAACUUGACCAAGGAAUUUGACCAAACCCCACCUCCGGACGGAUACGAUUUCAAGAACUAUGACAUUUAUGUGAAGCAAAACAAUAGCAAUGCAACCACCAGUAGUGGAAUCUAUAGGCUGAAGUUCAAUACGACAGUGGAUGUUAUACUACAAAAUGCGAACACCAUGAAUGUGAACGACAGUGAGACACAUCCGUGGCAUCUUCAUGGGCACGAUUUUUGGGUGCUUGGUCAUGGGAGUGGGAAAUUCGACAUAUCCAAGGACCCGAAAAACUACAACUUGGCGAAUCCGAUAGAGAAGAACACUGUGCCUGUACAUCGUUAUGGUUGGACGGCUUUGAGGUUUGUGGCCGAUAACCCCGGAGCUUGGGCUUUCCAUUGUCAUAUUGAGUCACAUUUCUAUAUGGGAAUGGGGGUUGUGUUUGAGGAAGGGAUUGAGAGGGUUGGAAAGCUGCCUACUUCUAUAAUGGGGUGUGGUGCAAGUAAGGGAUUGAGAUUGCCAUGAUCAUAAUUAUAAUUAGGCCAUGUUGGUGAAUAUCAAAAAUUAUUUGUUA